UCUUUCCAGGCUCACGAAGCUUCACACCACCACCAUCACCACCACCAUCAUCACCAACAACAGGCUGCUCAAAACAGCUUGCUGCCGUUAUUGGGAGCACCAGUUGAGCCUCCUGAUCAAAAACCUAUGUUACCUUUACCUAUAACUCAAAAACCUCAACCUCCUCCGGAACCCCUUAAAGAGCCUAUUGUAAUAAAGAAAGAAAAAUCUAAAACCUCCUUUGUGUGCACAUAUUGCAGCAAAGCAUUUAGGGACAGUUACCAUUUGAGGCGCCAUGAAUCUUGCCACACAGGAAUUAAGUUGGUGUCACGGCCAAAGAAAACACAAACUGCGCCGGUUGUGCCACUCAUAUCGACUAUUGCUGGAGACAAUAAUAGAACAUCCUUGGUUUCAACAAUUGCAGGGAUCCUGUCCACUGUUACAACAUCAUCUUCAUCUACAAUUCCUAGUGCAAGCACUAGCAUCCCAACUAUGCCAGUUCCUCAGCCAGUGAAGAAGCCUAGCAAACCUGUUAAGAAAAACCAUGCCUGUGAAAUGUGUGGAAAGGCCUUCAGGGAUGUUUAUCAUUUAAAUAGGCACAAGCUUUCCCAUUCAGAUGAAAAACCGUUUGAAUGUCCAGUCUGCAAUCAACGUUUUAAAAGAAAAGACCGCAUGACCUAUCAUGUAAGAUCGCACGAAGGAGGAAUUACCAAACCCUAUACAUGUAGUGUUUGUGGGAAAGGAUUUUCAAGACCAGAUCAUUUAAGUUGUCAUGUGAAGCAUGUGCAUUCUACCGAACGACCAUUCAAAUGCCAAACCUGUACUGCUGCCUUUGCCACCAAAGACAGGCUGCGGACACACAUGGUGCGCCAUGAAGGAAAGGUGUCUUGUAAUAUAUGUGGCAAACUUCUUAGUGCAGCCUACAUCACAAGUCACUUAAAGACACAUGGCCAAAGUCAAAGUAUUAAUUGUAAUACCUGUAAGCAAGGUAAAAAGUUUCAAGGUAAAUAUCUUUAA